UUAUCAUUCCUUUUUCGCUUUUUGAUCGAACCACACCUAUUUCUGAUAUUUUACCAUGGAGGAUAUGUACCAAUAUACUGCUGCGGCAGUCAAUAGCAACAAUCCGUCACAUACAAAUGAAGUUAAUGAGGAAGACGAUCCAUUAUUGAAAGCGUUUACCAGCUUUGGCUGGUCCAACAAGUUCAAUAGUUUAGUAGACACCGUCAAAAAGCAGGGUGAAGCAUUUGCGGAUGUAGCCAAAAAGGAUUUGCAAGAAUUUGCCCAAGUGCUUCGUGAUGAUUCUACCCACGUCGUUGAGCAGCUUACACCUCGAUCGCCUGGCAUCAAUUCAGAAACAGACGGAGCUGACCCAUCGGCAGAAGGCGCAGGCUUCAGCGGAUUUUCAGCCAUUCGUGAUAAUCUCAACAAGAUUAAUACGCUCAACUUGACCGCCUUACGCGAGGGAUUAAGCCAGACGCUUAAUCAGCGAUUACCAACUCAACUGACAUCGGUGAAAUUACCUGAUAAUAUCAAUCUGGAACAGCUGAAGGAGGAAAUGAGUCAAGGCACACGUUUUGCAGAACAGUAUAUGCAGAAAUUCGGCGAGGAAGUGGUUCAAGUGCUCAAAAAGACAGUGACUGUCCUGGAGCCUGAAGACGAGCACGAUCAGAUUAAUCGCAGCAUGGAGGAAUCUCAAGAUGAUGCUCAACGACCGAAAAUUUUCGCUACUCGAAAGGAAGCCUUAUUGGCCAAAAUGAGAUCUGAUCCGCAGACAUACCUCGAAGACCCUGCCAAAGUACUGGAAGGCACUGAGCAGGAAGAAAAAGAUAAAAAGAUUUUGGACACCUUCAAUGCGACCUUUAAUGUGCAGGAAUAUACCGACGAAAUUGCUCGUCUCCUGGAUGACCAUCCAGAUCUUCGAAACAUUAUGGACAAAUUAGUUCCGCUGGAGGUCAACUAUGCAACCUUUUGGAAACGAUACUUUUAUCAUGCGUGGAAAAUCGAUCAAGAAGAGCAAAAACGGCAAGUUAUUGUUAAAGUACUGUACGAAGGUGCAGAGAACGAGGAAGAUGAAAAUGAUUUCAAGUGGGAUUCGGAUGAGGAAGAAACUGAAGAGAAGCCCGUCCAGCCAGCCAAAGAGAAGUCCGAUGCAAAGGGAUCAGACACUGAUUAUAGUAAUAUCUCGGAACCAGCUUCAACAGAAGCCAGUCUUGUUUCUCCACCUCUCAAAUCACAGGCCGAUGGAGAAGACUGGGUCAAAACAGAUCCGAAAAAGCAGGAAACCAAAGAAACAGAUGAAGACAGUGACAGCGAUUGGGAAUAA